AUGAGUCUGUUGCAUGAUCUUACUCGAGAUGACCAGACUUCUCGUGAGAACAAAUGUGUACUAAAGAGUACGAGAUAGUUUAAUUUGCUGGUUUUACAUUAUGAUGCAUAAAGUUUUGUAAUUUUACUUGUAUUAAAACACUCAUAUAGUCUUUUAUUAUAAGAUUGUACAUUUUUCAUUAAAUUAAUUUUUUCAGCACCAUUUUUGCAGAACUUGCUGGUUCAAAUGGUACACAUUCGUCCAGACAUUGCUUUAAUUGUGGUGGUAAUUACAAGCUUAUAUUUGAUUAAUGGCAGUCAGAACGGGCUGAUCUGUAAUACCUUAACUGUGGUACCGUCUGUCCUAAUAACCUUUAUCGUCCGUGACCUUCAUCCGAUGUCUCUAUCACUUAUUGUAAGUUAUACGAGUUAUUUACUACAAUAAACCAAGUUUUUAUUAUAGAUCUUAGUUUUUUUAAGACUUGAACUCUCUGUCAGUGGAAUUGGUUAUACAUUUAUAUCUUAAGCUCGAUUAACGUACUUUGAAUAUAUGUUUUAGAGAAAUGUGCUUAUUUUCUGGACAUUGUUAGGCAUCACAGUCCCGGUGGAUUACGUCUGUCAUCAAGUCAGUGGCUACUUUGCUUUCAAGUUUAUCAUCUUGGAGGCUACCCUGUUCUGUGUUCUAAAGAAGAUCAUCGCGUUUGUGGACUGGUCUAGUCUGCCCAAAGUUGCACGGACUCCUGCCCCAAAGAUUGAUCAUGAAAAGCAGAUGCCAAUGUAUCAUAAACAGUCGUUUCCGUUGUACGGUGACAACCUUUCACAAACUUUCCACCCCGCCACUUCACUGUCUACAGGAAUAGAAGGUGGAGAUGGCGAUUGUACAUGCGAGAAACUGGUAAGGUCGAGCAUUUUUUAAGUUAAAUGAGAUUAGUACUCUGAUAUAAAAAUAUUUAUAAAUUGUAAAUAUGACUUUAGCCACUGGUGCUAAAAGAAGACAACCCUGAAGUCCUUUCGUCUGUGUCGACAAUCGAGACACUUGUACAGCUACUGGCCCAUGAUUUGCCAAAGCUGGAAGUGUUUUCGAAUAAUAAUGUCACCUUAUCCAAAAACAAACGGUCUUGUAUUGUAGAACUUCAAAACAAGGGGUCCUGCAACCUGAUGUGGCUAAUGAAGACCAACUCCAACAACUACAUUGUAGCGAUGCCAACGAAAGGCAUCCUCAAGCAAGACCAAAGUUGUAAGGUAUGUCUUUUUAAUACGAAAAUGGCUAGCAUAAAAAACGUAAAUUUAAAAGCAGACGCUUUUGUUAACCCAAUAGCGACAUAAAUCAACUUAAAAACGUUAAAUGAUUGUUUUAGUUAGUAGAAUAACACACCGUUUCAGGUAGUAUUGCAAGUUCGAGGAAAGCUAAAGAAGGAAGCACGGAAGCCUAAAGUAGUGUUCGAAUACAUUCCCGUUACCUCAAAAUGGUUCUGUUUCAAGAAAAACCUCAUGGACAAGUACAAGGACGAAAAACAAAAAGAAUUUCUUUCGAUUGAAGUUCGAUAA